CCUACCUUCGUUCCUCCCCUCCCCUGCUCCCCUUGGCCAUGGCAGCCGCCGCCGCCCAGCAUCUCUACCGCUGAAGCCCUGCCACCCAGAGACGCCAGCCCUCGGCCUCUUGUUCCCCGACGCCCUAGGGUUUCUUGCACCACCACCGCCGGCGGCAGCUUUUGUUGUUCCUAUGGCUGCCGCCCUUCCUGCACCGUCGAAGCCGCCUGCAUGCACCGCCACCGCCGGACACCUGCGCUGCUGAUCUGCUAGAUUGACCUUCCUCACUCCGGCGACCUCACCUCCUGCGCCGCGUCUUCCUCCCUGCCCUUCUCACCAAGGUUAUAACAUAGACACAAAAAGACCCGAUCCAGCACACAGAUCGAUCAUGGCGGACUGGGCGUCACUUCUACCGGAGCUUGUCCAAGGCAUCGCCAACUGCGUCCUCUCCACCACCGGCGGCGUUGACACGUACAUGGACAUGAGGGCUGUCUGCCCUAAAUGGCGCUCUGCCAUCACCCGGCCAUCUCCCCUCGCCGCGGUCGCGGACCUCCGUUUCCGCCCACGUGACUGGGUCAUGAUCGAGCUGACAAAUGAGAACUAUGACGACAAGGAUGGCUUCCUCUUCCUUCACGUCCCCACUGGGCGCUUCCGCCGCCUGCGCCUCCCGGUGCUUCAAGGCCACCUCCUCAUUGGUGUUUCUGAUGGUCUCCUCGUGCUCGGGAAUAGGGAGCCCCCGCAUUCGGUUUGUGUCCUCAACCCCUUAACAUACGACAUGCUCCACUUUGCGGCGCCGUUAGAUAAACAUUUUAAGGAUGUACUUGUAAUGUAUACCGUGGUGAGCGUUGGCUUUGGUUCGACCCUGGUGCUGUGGACGGAGGGAAAGAGCAGGGUUCUAUGUGCUCAUCCAACCAGCGAUGUCUUUACAGAGAAGGAUAUUUGCAGGAGCGACAUUAGCAUGGUUACCUCCCAAGGCAAUGUCUAUUAUGCCUGUCCGGAUGGACGGAUAUUCAAGAUUGUCGGACAGCGGAGCAGUGUUAUGAUGAUGAGCUCGUAGCUCAGAUGUCACCGGACGUGGACCUCUAUUUAGAGGAACAAUACGGCACACGGUCUGAACUCGUGGAGUCUGAUGGGGAACUGCUGCUUGUACGCCAUGAAAAUAAUCUAGCUUUGAAAGUUUUCAAGGUCAACAUCGAGCACAAGUUGUUGGAGGAGGUCAAGAGCCUUGGCGGCUGCCGCGCGUUGUUCGUUGGCAACCAGCGGUGUGUGUCUGUGGACGCGAAUAAGAUUCCAUCGGUUGAUGGUGACUGCAUAUACAUGUCUCAUUGGAUGUCUCAUUCGCUGGGUGACAAUAAUCUAACUUCAGAAGACGAUGGGUUUGCCAUGUGUGGGCAUAACAUAAGGGACGGUACAAUGAAGAUUAUCGCGAGCGAACCAAUGCUCUAUAUCCGCCCUUUCAGCCUUGUCCAGGUUCUCUUGCAGUAAAUCUCUUGAGUCAUCAAGGUUAUGUAAACGAACCUGCUCUUGCAUUGGUGCUACUGCUUCCUGCCACUUCAGUACUUCUGGGCUUACAAUCAACAUGCGAGGAGUUCGAGUAUAUAUAGUACGUCAUGUUGGAACAGUUUUAUGUAUUUAAGCUAUCUCUUUCAUCAGUCAUAUUGUUGCAUCAGCAGAUGUUGUCUUUGUUUAUUCGGUACUGAAAUGCCGGCCUAUGUACCCUGCAAGUAGUAUCAGGAACGGUUCAGUCAUAGCUACGGUAUCAGGUCUACCAUUUGAGUGCAAAUUGAGAAAGUUUCAGGUUCCAGUUUGUGUGAUGACAUUGCACUCGAAUGCACGUCCUUAGUUUGUGUU